UUUGCGCUACAACGUGCUUGACAGAAAAUACGCAUAAAAUUUUCCAAUUUUUUGAAUUUUACAUUUUAUUCAAUAAAAAUGAAACUAAGUACCUAUAAUUUCCUUACCUCUAAAGCCAUUAAAGGUGUUAAAGUUGGAUUUCCCUUAAAAUUAACUAUUUCCAAAACGGAAUGCAUAGAGGCUGAAUAUAAUGCUACAUUCAUUGAAAGACUCAUACCCAAAUUGGAUUGGCCUACCCUGUAUUCAGCUGCUCAAAUGGUGGAUUUGGCCGAUGACAUACCUUCUGAACAUCCUACCAAUAUUGCUGUCACUGAGGAACUCUUGCAAAAGCUGCAUCAUCUCUUGUUGGAGGUAGAUGUUUUGGAAGGCCAUUUGGAAUGUCCCGAAACUGGACGCCUAUUCCCCAUUACUGAUGGCAUUCCCAAUAUGCUGUUAAAUGAAGACGAAGUUUAGAUUGUGUUCAGCUCGCUUUAUGAACAUGAACGUACAUGUUUAAUGCGAGUAAUUAGUUUUAUUUAUACUCGUAGUACUUUUUGUUAAUUUAAGUUUAUAAAUAUAUAUAUGUGUGUACUAACUGCAAAAAACAA